GGAGUCUCCCGCCUGCCUCUCGGGGUAGCCGCGGGACCGAGCGGGACGCAGACGGGAAGUUGCGGCUGCCAACGAGGCGGACUGGUCGGGUGGAAGCUACAGGCCACGCCGAGGCUGCAAAGGCCGCGCGAGGGGAGACGCCGCGUCUCUGGCCUGGGGUCGGCAGCCGCCGACUGAGAAGCUCCGGGUGGACUGAGGAUUUGUUGGGUGGAAGGCAGGCAUGAUCAGGACCGUUUCACUGACAGGAAAAGAGAGACGGGACGUGUCUCCCUCCACGUCUUCCCGCCAGUAAAAGCUGCCAAGCUGGAGCCCAAAGCCAGGUGUCCUGACUCCCAGCGGGGGGCUCCCUGCACCAACCAUGAGCCGCCUGCUCUGGAGGAAGGUGGCCGGCGCCAGCGUCGGGCCAGGGCCGGUUCCAGCUCCAGGGCGUUGGGGCUUCAGCUCCGCCCCCGUCCCCGUCCCCAGCGACGGGCAGCCACCGCCGCAGCCGCCGCAGGUGCCCUCCUCGGAGGACGGGCAGCUGCGGCACAACCCACUGCACAUCCAGAUGCUCUCGAGAGGGCUCCACGAGCAAAUCUUCGGGCGCGGCGGGGAGAUGCCCGGCGAGGCCGCGGUGCGCCGCAGCGUCGAGCACCUGCAGAAGCACGGGCUCUGGGGGCAGCCGGCCUCGCCCUUGCCGGACGUGGAGCUGCGCCUGCCGCCCCUCUACGGGGGCAACCUGGACCAGCACUUCCGCCUCCUGGCCCAGAAGCAGAGCCUGCCCUACCUGGAGGCGGCCAACUCGCUCUUGCAGGCCCAGCUGCCCCCCCGGCCCUCGAGCUGGGCCUGGGCGGAGGGGUGGACCCGGUACGGCCCCGCGGGGGAGGCCGAACCCGUGGCCAUCCCCGAGGAGCGGGCCCUGGUGUUCGACGUGGAGGUCUGCUUGGCAGAGGGAACUUGCCCCACAUUGGCGGUGGCCAUAUCCCCCUCGGCCUGGUAUUCCUGGUGCAGCCGGCGGCUGGUGGAAGAGCGUUACUCUUGGACCAGCCAGCUGUCGCCGGCUGACCUCAUUCCCCUGGAGGUCCCUGCUGGUGCCAGUGGCCCCCCACAGCGCGAGUGGCAGGAGCGGUUGGUGGUGGGGCACAACGUUUGCUUCGACCGAGCGCAUGUCAGGGAGCAGUACCUGAUCCAGGGCUCCCGCAUGCGCUUCCUGGACACCAUGAGCAUGCACAUGGCCAUCUCCGGGCUGAGCAGCUUCCAGCGCAGUCUGUGGAUGGCAGCCAGGCAGGGCAAGCACAAGGCCCGGACCCCCCCACAGCGGGGCCACAAGUCCCAGAGCAAAGCCAACGGCCCAGUGAUCUCAUCCUGGGACUGGCUGGACAUCAGCAGUGUCAAUAAUCUGGCAGAUGUACACCACCUCUAUGUGGGGGGGCCUCCCCUGGAGAAGGAGCCUCGUGAGCUGUUUGUCAAGGGCAACAUGAAGGACAUCCGUGAGAACUUCCAGGACCUGAUGCGGUACUGUGCCCAGGAUGUGUGGGCCACCUUUGAGGUUUUCCAGCAGCAGCUGCCACUCUUCUUGGAAAGGUGUCCCCACCCAGUGACUCUGGCUGGCAUGUUGGAGAUGGGCGUCUCCUACCUGCCUGUCAACCAAAACUGGGAGCGUUACCUGGCGGAGGCCCAGAGCACCUACGAGGAGCUCCAGCGGGAGAUGAAGAAGUCGCUGAUGGACCUGGCCAACGAUGCCUGCCAGCUGCUCUCGGGAGAGAGGUACAAGGAAGAUCCCUGGCUCUGGGACCUGGAGUGGGACCUGCAGGAGUUUAAGCAAAAGAAGGCAAAGAAGCUGAAGAGGAAGGAGCCGGCCACAGCCAGCGAGUUGCCCAUCGAGGGGGCUGGGGCCCCAGGUGAUCCCAAGGAACAGGAAGACCCCGGCCCCCCCAGCGAGGAGGAGGAGUUUCAGCAAGAUGUCAUGGCCCGCACCCGCUUGGAGCAGCUGAGGGGGACCACGGAGCUCCUGCCCAAGCGGCUCCAGCACCUUCCUGGACACCCAGGGUGGUAUCGGAAGCUCUGCCCCCGGCUGGAUGACCCCGCAUGGACGCCGGGCCCCAGUCUCCUCAGUCUCCAGAUGCGCAUCACGCCGAAGCUCAUGGCACUGACUUGGGACGGCUUCCCUCUGCACUACUCAGAGCAGCACGGCUGGGGGUACCUGGUGCCUGGGCGGCGGGACAACCUGGCCAAGGUGCCGGGCAUGGCCCCAGCAUCAACAGCAGUGCCCUGUCCCUACACAGCCAUCGAGUCCCUGUACAGGAAGCACUGUCUUGAGCAGGGCAGGCAGCAGCCGGAGCUGCAGGAGGCAGGCCUGGCUGAGGAGUUCCUGCUCACCGACAGUGGCACCGUGUGGCAGACGGUGGAAGAACUGGGCUGCUUAGAAGUGGAGGCUGAGGCCACGGUGGAGAAGCUGCGAGCGGCAGAUCCGGGUCAACCCCCAGCUCUGACUGCUACGGGCAGCCCCCAAGCCAGCCGGCCAGCUCAUCACCAUGGCAAUGGGCCUUACAACGAGGUGGAUGUCCCCGGCUGCUGGUUCUUCAAGUUGCCUCAUAAGGAUGGGAACAGCUACAAUGUGGGCAGCCCCUUUGCCAAAGACUUCCUGCCCAAGAUGGAGGACGGCACCCUGCAGGCUGGCCCAGGGGGCGCCAGUGGGCCCCGUGCCUUGGAAAUCAACAAAAUGAUUUCUUUCUGGAGGAAUGCCCAUAAACGUAUCAGCUCCCAGAUGGUGGUGUGGCUGCCCAGGUCAGCUCUGCCCCGUGCUGUGACCAGGCAUCCAGCCUUUGAUGAGGAAGGCCGCUACGGGGCCAUCCUGCCGCAGGUGGUGACCGCUGGCACCAUCACCCGACGUGCGGUGGAGCCCACGUGGCUUACUGCCAGCAAUGCCCGGCCUGACCGUGUGGGCAGUGAGCUGAAGGCCAUGGUGCAGGCCCCGCCUGGCUACGUCCUUGUGGGGGCUGACGUGGACUCUCAGGAACUGUGGAUCGCAGCUGUGCUUGGAGAUGCCCAUUUUGCCGGCAUGCACGGUUGCACGGCCUUUGGGUGGAUGACACUGCAGGGCAGGAAGAGCAGGGGCACCGACCUGCACAGUAAGACAGCUGCCACGGUGGGCAUCAGCCGUGAGCACGCAAAGAUCUUCAACUACGGCCGCAUCUAUGGGGCGGGGCAGCCCUUUGCGGAGCGCCUGCUGAUGCAGUUCAACCACCGGCUCACACGGCAGGAGGCAGCCGAGAAGGCCCAGCAGAUGUAUGCGGUCACCAAGGGCCUCCGCCGGUAUCGGCUGUCAGAUGAGGGCGAGUGGCUGGUGAGGGAACUGGACCUCCCUGUGGACAGGACCGAGGACGGCUGGAUUUCCCUGCAGGACCUGCGCAAGAUCCAGAGAGAAGCUUCGAGAAAGUCACGACGGAAGAAGUGGGAGGUGGUUGCUGAACGAGCGUGGACAGGGGGCACAGAGUCAGAAAUGUUCAAUAAGCUGGAGAGCAUUGCCACGUCCGACACGCCACGUACGCCGGUGCUGGGCUGCCGCAUCAGCCGAGCCCUGGAGCCCUCCACUGUCCAGGGGGAGUUUAUGACCAGCCGCGUGAACUGGGUGGUGCAAAGCUCAGCUGUGGACUACUUACACCUCAUGCUGGUGGCCAUGAAGUGGCUGUUCGAGGAAUUUGCCAUUGAUGGGCGCUUCUGCAUCAGCAUCCACGACGAGGUUCGCUACCUGGUGCGGGAGGAGGACCGCUACCGUGCCGCCCUCGCCCUGCAGGUCACCAACCUCUUGACCAGGUGCAUGUUUGCCUACAAGCUGGGUCUGAAUGACUUGCCCCAGUCAGUCGCCUUUUUCAGUGCAGUUGACAUUGACCAGUGCCUCAGGAAGGAAGUGACCAUGGAUUGUAAAACCCCUUCCAACCCAACUGGGAUGGAAAAGAGAUACGGGAUUCCCCAGGGUGAAGCACUGGAUAUUUACCAGAUAAUUGAACUCACCAAAGGCUCCUUGGAAAAACGAAGCCAGCCUGGACCAUAGCUCUGCCUGGAGGCUCUGAAUUUGCUCCCGUGGAGCUUCAUUGGGGCAGUGCAGGCUCUAAACUCAGGCUUUCAGCUGUGCUUUUGGCAGAAUGGCUGGCCUUAGGCCGGUCCUUUUUCAGUAGUGGGACCUGCCAAGAACGACUGCCUCCAACUGAAGGUGCAGUUGAGUUCAGUGGGUUCAGAACCAAGAUGCCAACCUUGGUGCAGGCUGUAGGACAAGGGGGCGUUUUUGCUUAUUGGGUAAAAAGCAAGCAGAAGCCCCAAAGUUCCCAUUAACUCAGGCAUUUCAUUUCUUUUCUCCUUUUCUUCUUGGCUGGUUCUUUGUUCUGUCCCUCAUGCUCUGAUGAGGUGCCCUAGAAGGGAGAGAGGUCAUGCUCUAAUGUGAUCAACCUGCUCAAAGGCUGUGGAAAUAAAAACAGAAAUCCUUUAUCUUCUCA